CACGCUGUGGACUGCCAUAGAUGUGUGUUGCUCCUUAAGAUCAACGAUUACUGUCUGGCGGGUCUCAUCAGGACAAACUGGCUAUACUGACAGCGCCCCCAGCUGACAGAUGAAACAGGAUGACCGCAUUGCCAUUCCCCUGCCCUGUACAUUUGGGUGUUGUUACCAUGGGAGGCCUACACGCUCAAUUGCACAAAUACACUUCAGAGAGAAAUCUGACCAAGUUGGAGAAACUGCUGAAGAAGGGUGUUGAUGUGAACUGUGUGAAUCACUUGGGUCAGACUGCGCUGUUUUGCGCUGCUCUGUCGGGCCAAGUGAAGGUGACAGAGCUGCUGCUGCAUUACGGCGCCGACCCCAACCAUCGCUGUGAAGACUGGAGCACACCAGUUCAUGCAGGUGUAGUCUCCUGUAACCCUUCAGUGGUGAGCAGCUUGCUGGAUGCUGGAGGAGAUCUAAGACUCCAUGAUAGGGAAGGCAGGACACCCUUUGACUGGCUCAGGGCUGCAAAUCAGGAAGAUAGUGCCAGGAUGCAAAACUUCCUGGAGAGCUGCAUGUCAUCUAUGCAGCAGCUGUGUCAGAGCUCAGCCAUGAGGAAGCUCUAUUGUAGCCAGGCCUACAUCUCAACCUCCAUCUUGUUACAGCCUUUAUCUUUGCUGGAUCGCAUAAAAUCACGUGGAAUUGACAUACAAUCAAAUAAAAGGACAAACAGCAAGUCUUCCUGUACAAAAGCCCACUGUUUAGGCUUUGGAAAGGUGUGUGUGAGCAAGCCAUGCCGGGCGUUGGAUGUGCCAGCAUCCAUUCCUCUGAUCAGAGAGAGUGAGCUGACCUGGGGUGAUGAUGACCCUCUGCUAUCCUUCACCUGUGGCUCUUUGACCUCCAUAACCAAUUACAGGUGGAGGGGCUCCAGCGUCGCAGUUAAAACAAUGAGGGAGAGUCAGACAGUCUAUUUGGACCUGCUCCUCAUAGAACAAGACUAUUGCAGCAAGCUGUCCCAUCCACAGCUGCUGCAGCUAAUGGCUGUGAGUCUGUCUGAUGACCUCCGGAGGACCAGUCUGGUGUUUGAGCCGGUCAAUGUCGGCACGCUGCACAAUUUGCUGCACAACAGGCGUGCAGAGUUCCCAGUGCUGCAGGACAGAUGGCUGCUGCCACUGAUGUUGCAGGUUUGUGAAGGUCUGCAGUACAUCCACAGUGGAGGUCUGGUGAUGAGGUCCCUGUCUUCACACAGUGUGGUUCUCACAAAGCUUUCAGUAGCCAAACUAACCGGUUUUGGCUUCAUGGUCCCCAGGAGUCAAAGUCAUGUCAAACCCCCCAUGCACAUAGUCCUCUCCCCAAGCCUUUACAGAUGGGCUGCUCCAGAGGUCAUUAAACAGCGACCCUGCACAAAGGAGGCUGACAUCUACAGUCUGUGUGCUCUGAUCCAGGAACUCUACACAGACAACGAACCAUGGGGCACAAUGGACCUGGACGGGAUCAAACAGGCGAUGGAAGCAGGCCAGGUCCUGGCAGUAGACGGCAGCAUUCCACAGCCUUACUAUGAUGUGGUUGUGAAAGGCCUGCAGCAGCAGCCACAGGACCGCACAUACAGCCUGCAAAGCCUGUGCUACACACUACAACAGGACAUCAAGAGGUUGUCUCUGGAGAAACAGCUGAGUGGUGAGCUUUGUGCUUACCCAGAACAAGAUCUGGAGCCUGGGGUCCAGUCUACAACACAGCAUACCACUGUCGGGGAACCAGUACAGAAUGUUGGUAGAACUGUCAGGCCACUCGUAAUCAAGACAGACACAGUAGAGGAAAGACAGGUCCACCUGGACAAACAGCUGUACAAAGGAACAAAGCCAAAGCAGAGGAGACAAAGAUAUAAAUGUGUGGAGGGAGAAUCCAUGUUCCAUCACGUGUACCCUUACUCGGACAUGCUUCCUCUGCUUGGUGAGUUUAACUCAGAGAGUGUUGAGGAAGAACCUGAUCCUGAGGCACACUUAGACUUAGACUUAGAGCAGCUGGAUGGCCUGAAGCUGUCCAAAGUGACAAUGGAUGAGCAGAUCAGCACCAUUGCAGUCAACCUCAAAGUGUCCCAGGAGUUGUUGCAGCAGGCCAGAAGGAGCCUGGACACAGUGGAGGACGAACUGGACUCAGUGACCGGGCUCGGAGAUGCUUCUCCCUGUGUCCAUACACUCUCUCAUGCCUCCUCCAUCUCUUCCUUCUCCAUGUCCUCCACAAAUCUUUCUGGAGCAAGUACUGCUGUUGGACCACAUUCAAAGUGGUACAGUCUCUUACCGCACAGGGGGGAUCAUUGGGCAAAGAACCUGGAGGCACAGCUCCAGAGUGGAGAUUGGGAACUGCUGAGCCAAGAAGAGCGGUCUUUAUGGCUGAGUCACUAUCCAGCUGAGCAGGACUGGCUGCUGCCUUUGCUUUCCUCAGGUUGCUACAUGAAAGAGAGCCGUUCAUUGGGAGCUGAUCACAGCACAGCGGAGCUGAGCCAGUACAGGUCAGCUCUGGACGACAGCCUUCUCAACAUCCUCUCUAGGAAGAAGCAGCAGACAUCCAGUUCACAAGAAGAGGCAGACAUUACAGUAGAGGUGUGCAGACCAGCAGCUAGUGGGAGUCUGGAUACUCAUGACACCAACUAUGAGAGUUUUCCAAACAACUGUGAAAAAAUGAACACUGGUCCUAGUGUCCAUGUAACACAGGCACAGUAUACAUCCAACACUAUCAUGCCCCGGUCAAACAUGCCUCUGCUGGCUGAACUCUCCAGCAUCACAUACUCUCCAGCUCAUCCUCAGGAGAAACUCAACAGACGAGCACCACCCUAUAAUAGUACCCCACGUUGCCCAGAUGUACACCAGGAUAUGAAGAUGGGUGUUAUUGACGCCAAUACUGCAGUCUCCCCUGCCUGCAGCCGACUCAGUUCUGUGUAUGUUGGGAUUGAGAGUUUCACCACGCCAAGAGAAAGCUCAGGGUCCAACUUUUUUCAGCCUCCACCUUUCAAGGUGGACUCUGCCAGCAGUCCCCAGGCCUUUAUCACAGCCGUCCAGGAGGAACAGCUGUCCAUGGAUUCUGUGUCCCCCAGCUCCAGUGUCCAUGGAUGCUGCAGCAGUGAAGAAGGAGAGGACAAAGUAGACCAAGAAGAGGAAGGAGAGGGAGCAGGAGGGUCUGAGCAAGAUCAGAGUGAACUAAGGCAGGAGGAAAUGGAUGGAACCAGUCGAAGUAAACUAGGUGUAUAUGUGGGAGAGGUAGAAGAGGAGGCCAAGGAAGAAGAGGAGUUUGAUGACUUGGAGAAAGGAUUACAGAUGGUCAAAGAGUGCACGGAGGGAGAAGAAAACAUGGGAGAGGAGUACAAGGGAGGAAAGAAUGUUGAGGAAGAGAAUGGCUGGGGCGAAGCACAGAGAGAUGUGGGCUCAGAACAGGAUGAAGAUGAUAUUGGUGACAGGAGGAAGAAAAUUACAGAUUUGUUUGGCGGUGCUGAAGAAACAUUAGAAAAAGCCUUGGGUAAUAUCAGUGAACUUGGUGCAGACACAGUGAUUGUGGAUCCAGAGAGGAAGGGAGAGCUCACGGUGUCUCCAGGGUCACAGCAGAGUCCCAGCUUAUUGGAGGACACAAACAGAGCUCACUCAACACUAGACGAUGUACUACAGGGCUUUGUAAUGGAGGGCACCAGAGAGAGCCCAGGACCAAAUAAAGGGGUCAAAGCAUUGUGUCAGCUGUUUGAGGGGCAGACUGGUGAUAAUGGACAUUCAGUAUGCAUACAGUCAGCUCCAUGAUGACUGGUCCACCACCUGAGAACACCGUCUCAACUGGAGGGCUAUGUUGGAGCAGGACCAGACUCUUCAUGAGCCAAACAAUCAAUCAAAUGAAAAUGCAGCUUUGUUUUGUUACUUCUGUGGGAUCUCCAGGGAUGUUUUGUUUGUAAUGCACUUACUAAUUUGUGUUUUAAACAGGAUUUGUUAUUCUGAUUGUUAUUCUGGCAGAUGGUGUGUCAGUGGACAGAAGAGACCAGUCCAAGAGCUUCUGUCCCAUGUCUGUUACUUUAGUUCACUGUAAUACACACAUCCAUUUCCAAGGAUGUUUUGUUUGUAGUGCACUUACUAGUUUGCUGUUUUUAAGCAGGAUUUGUUACUUUUAGAACUCUAUGUUAACAGCUGCUGACGCUAUGAAUAAAUGGUAUUAGUUUAAUUGUUAAAGAAUUUAUUAAAACCUGUUCAGAAGUUG